AUGGAGCUUAGCGAUUUUGAUGAGGAUGAGUACGACUCUCUGUACCAGAAAAACAUUAAUAAAAGUGUAAAAGAAACAGUGAUACGAACUGCUGUACCUGUCCAAAGAGAUCUAUUUAACAACAUACUUCCAGGUCAACAAUCUUUUUAUGAGGAAAUUCAAAGGGAUGUAACUUUUGGGAGAACUCAUCACGAUUUUAAUGAUUCUACUUUAAAUGAUUACAUCUAUCCUACAAACUUCGAAGUAAGAGAUUAUCAAUUUGAUAUUGUGAAAAGAGCACUUUUUACAAAUCUACUGUGUGCGAUACCGACAGGUAUGGGUAAGACUUUCAUUGCAAGUACGGUAAUGUUGAAUUUCUUUAGAUGGACCAAGACAGGUAAAGUUAUCUUCAUGGCGCCAACGAGACCACUGGUAGCACAACAGAUUAAAGCCUGUCUUGGUGUAUCUGGUAUACCUAGUAAUCAAACAGCUAUCCUGUUAGACAAAACCAGGCGCAAUAGAGAAGAUAUCUGGCAAGAGAAGAGGGUGUUUUUUACUACUCCUCAAGUGGUAGAGAAUGAUUUAAAGAGAGGUGUGUUAAAUCCAAAAGAUAUUGUAUGUUUGGUUGUUGAUGAAGCACAUAGGGCCACUGGUUCUUAUGCAUAUACUAAUGUUGUUCAAUUCAUCAACAGGUUCAACACAUCGUAUAGAAUAUUAGCCUUGACUGCUACACCGGGUUCGACAUUAGAAAAUGUUCAGGAAGUGGUAAACAACUUAACCAUAUCAACUAUUGAAAUUAGAACUGAGGAAAGUGAAGAUAUUGUGAAAUAUAUGAAACAUAAGGAAAGAGAAGAGGUUAGAAUUGAACUAAUUCCAGAAAUUGAAGAUAUUAUCGAACAAUUGGGUAUAGCUAUUACACCAGUUUUGAAACAAGCAGUAGAGUUAGGAAUAUAUGAAGAAUGUGAGCCAACAAGAAUUAAUGCAUUUGUGGCUAUGCAACAAAGUCAAAAGAUUAUUUCCAAUCCAAAUAUUCCGGAAGGUAUCAAAUGGAGAAAUUUUUUCAUUUUACAAUUAUUAAACCAUUUUGGUCAAAUGUUAAAGAGAAUCAAAAUUUAUGGGAUCAGAACAUUCUACAAUUAUUUUAAAAACAAAUAUAACGAAUUCACUACUAAAUAUAAUAUGGGUAAGUCUACAAACAAGAUUGCAGCAUCAUUCUAUUUCCAUCCCAUCUUGAAAGUGAUGAUGAAAACGUGUGAUGGAAUGACAGCGAAUUCACAGUUUCUUGGCCAUGGUAAAUUGGAACGUGUUAGGGAAGAGUUGGAGGUAUUUUUUAUAGGAAGUGAUCCCACAUCGAGAAUAAUUAUCUUUACAGAAUUAAGAGAAAGUGCAUUGGAGAUUGUGCGUUGCGUGGAUUCGAUGAGGAACUCUGAUAUUAGACCUCAUAUUUUUAUAGGUCAGUCAAGAGGUAAAGAAGGUUUUGAUGAGGUUGAAUUUACACGUAAGCAUAAAGCAAAAGGUAGAAAGAAAGUUGACCGUUUGAGUAGGCAAGCAGAACAAGAAAUGCUUGAAACCAAGAAGAAGCAAGAGAAAGAAAAAGCGAAGCUCGAAAGAAGUGCGAGACGUACAGCUAGUUCCGAAGAAGCCCAGAUAAAUGGGAUGAAUCAGAAGCAACAGAAGGACGUGAUACGUAGAUUCAAAGCUGGUGAAUUCAAUGUCUUGGUGUGUACAUCCAUUGGUGAAGAAGGGCUAGAUAUUGGUGAGGUCGAUUGUAUUAUUUGCUAUGAUACCACAAGUAGUCCAAUUAAGAACAUUCAACGUAUGGGUAGAACUGGUAGAAAGAGAGACGGUCGUAUUGUCUUAUUAUUUUCUAGUAAUGAAUCAUUUAAAUUCCAACAAGCCAUGGAAGAUUAUAUCAGUUUACAAAAGAUGAUAAGUCAGGAUUAUAUUGAGUAUAAGGAAUCGGACCGUAUCCUUCCAAAGGACAUCACACCCCACUGUGUCAAGAAAUUUAUGACAAUUAAUGAGUCUGAUGAAACAGUUAAUAAUAUGGAAGACACAGAUGAUGUUAUUCUGUAUGCCACUCAAUGUAUGUUAGGUAAAAAAGUCAAACCCACAAAAGCCAAAAAGGUGACGAAAAGGGCGACGAAAGCCAAACCAAAACAAUUUUUCAUGCCAGACAAUGUUCCAACAGGUAUUAUUUCUGCUGGUAAUCUUGUUAACAAAUAUGUGGAAAAUGGUUCUGGUGAAUUAUCCUUGGUGAAAAAGGAGCAUUCCAAUGAGACAAAAGCUCCUACGAUGCUGGAUAAGAUUGGUGAUUCUUCCUCAUCUUCAGGUAUGUCUGAUAAUGAUGAAGACGAAUUUGUUCAAAGGAAAAAGGCGAAGACGACUAUCAAACCGUUAUCAAAGCAAAAAUCACCUGUAUUUCAUAAUGUGCACUUGAAUCCGGUGAAGAGCGAACCCACGGCAGUUCCUAAUCUUUCAGAGAUUGAAAAUAGUUCACUAAAAACAAGAGUCGAAGUUUUAGGUAACCAAGGUUUGUCAAACACGAAGAGGAUAUCAACUGAUCAAGAAAACUCACCAUCCUAUACCAAAAGCGGAUUUCUUACUCCUGAUGAGCAUAAAUAUUUUAAAGAGCACUAUGAGCCGAACAGCGCUCUUUCUAUGGAUCUAAUACCCAAUUUUGAAAACCACACGAAGAUAUCCAAGAUACGUCAUUCAACUCCUAAUACGGCCAUUAUCAAGCUAUUUUCUGACCUUCGCAGCAAUAAUGUAGCACGAACUAUAGACAUGAAUAGAACUAACUGCAUUGCAAAGGCGUUACAUACAUCUAAUCAGAGCAUUAGUACAUCCAUGAGCUCCGAUUUGUCGUUACGGAGCCACACAGCAUCGAUGUCGCAAUCAACACAAACCCGAGAAGAUGUGCCAGAUCUUUCCAACGAAAAGGUCUUGGACGAUAUUCUUGGCUCGGACUCAGACUUUUAA